AUGGGAUAUAUUAGUAUGAAUAGUACCAAUCUUAUCAGGCCUUAUGAAGGCACCGAGCUUAACGAUGCGGGGAGGAAGUACAAGAAGAUCGGAGAAAGACUUCUUAGAGAAAAGAAGCUGGGAGUCGUCAUACUGAGUGGGGGACAGGGGACUAGGCUUGGGUCGGACGAGCCCAAGGGUCUGUUCAAAAUCAAGGGUAAAACAUUAUUUGAAUGGCACAUGGAGACGAUAAAGGAGCUAAUAAGCAAGUACAAUGCAGACAUAGCCGUGUUCAUCAUGACAUCCUCGUUCACAGAUGAGGCCGUCAGAAAGUACUUCCAGAGUACAGACUUUGGUCUGAAGAUCCAGUUCUUUAAGCAAAGAAACUCCUUGUGCGUGGGAACUGAUGGAAAGCCCUUGGAGUGGUAUGACGGGCAUGCCGAGUCGCCAUAUGGGAAUGGAGACAUCUUCAAUGCCAUACAGCAGGUCAAUCUCGAAGGGAUUGAGGCCUUGAACGUCAUUUGCAUAGACAAUGUUCUUGCAAAGAUCCUUGAUCCCGUGUUUGUCGGGGCAUUCUACAGCGAUGAUUAUGAUAUUCUGAGUAAGUCGGUGACCAAGGAGGAGAAGGAAAGCGUCGGAGCCUUUCUGAUGGAUGAGAGGCUUAAGAUCAAGGAGUAUAGUGAGAACGAUGCUAAGGGAGAGGGAAUACAGGGCAACAUAUGCAACCAUAUCUUUAAAACUUCAUUCAUCAAGAAGAUGAAGAAUAUCAAUCUUCCAGAACACAAGGCGUUCAAGAAGAUCCCAUACACCAUAAGCGGGAAGCUUAUAAAGCCAGUCAAGCCUAACGGGUUCAAGAAGGAAACAUUUAUAUUCGACAGCUUUGAAUACACACAGAAGAAUGGCGUGAUGAAUGUUCCUAGGGAAAAGGAGUUCUCGCCUUUGAAGAAUGGAAUGGACUCAUCCGUGGACAAUCCGGUAACAUGCACGAUAGCGGUUGAGAGGCAUAGAAUCAAAACAACAAUCCAAUAA